AUGAAAUAAUUAUAAAUAACAAACAUUUUAAAAUAAUUAUGUAAUGGUUUUAUUCCAGUCAAACGAGAUGGAAAUUGUUUUUAAACUGCUUUUGGAUUUUCAUUUAUAAAACUUUUAUUAAUUAAUUAUGAGGAUUAUAUUAUGAAUUUGAUUCAUUUAUUGAUUAAAUAUAAUCUAUUAAUUUAAGAAGUAGAAUAAACAUUUAAAAUAUUUAAAUUGAUAAUUUAUAAUUAAAAAAAAAAUUUAAAAUGA